GUCAAGUUAUACUUAUGGACUCGAGUGAUUAACUCAAACCCAGCGAGCAUCAUAUGCCUCAAAGCAAGUCGGAGCGCCCCCAGAAACACGCAAAACCUGAGCAAACGUCGCGGAAGGCGUAUAAAUUUUUGAAUGCAAUCGAUGUCAGACGUGCUCGGCCCGGGAGUCCAGAAUCAAGACCAGAAUCCCCAAAUGGAAGUCCCGCAGCCCUAUCUGCAUUGCGCUCAACUCUGUCUGUCAAGUCAGAGGAAAUUAUUGCUCCUCAAGAUGAGAGAAUCGCGCUUGAGUGGAUGGAGAGUUCGCCAGGUGCUCAUGACACCUUUGAGAUAUGGGAGGGUACGAAUCAAAUGCGUAAAAUCACAUCUUUCGCAUUUGGCUCCAAUGAGCUUCAAGUCAUUCUCGUUUCAUUGAAACUGUUCAAUACUAUCUCUCACUUUGGAGGUGGGAGGGAGCGGAAGGCACUUUGUGAAGCGUUUCCAUGGGACAUGAAGACUUUCGUAAAUUUAUCGCAUGAGGAGGAAAGGGAAAGGAGACGCAGAGGACGUUUGCAAGACCUGAGAUACUAUAUAUUGCUGUCUAUCUUCAAAGCGCUUUCUCAAGAUUCGUAUCUGGUCGUCCGCAAGGUCCUCGAAAUGUGCUGGGUUGGGCUGUGGUCUGAUCCAAAAGUGAAACGGACCGUAAGGAUUGGACUGUUCACUGCAGUCACAAUUGAACAUCUUUUGAAAUUGUACGAACGCGCCGGUGCUGAAAACGCGGAUGGUGACCACAUCGUGUCUAAGGAGGAAAACUACCAGCAGAUCGUAAACUUUUUCAAGGUAGUGAUACUUUUGGGAGUCGGAAACGAGGGAUGA